AACAUUGUCAAGCUAGCAGUUGCUAGUCACGGUCAGGUCAGGUCAAUUAGAUUGUGUACCUGUUAAAAUUCUAAAAAAGGGUUGGGCUGGGUUUGGUUGGGUGGAGUUUCUAUAACCUGUGUAAUAAUUACAUUUGAGCAAGAGUCCUAUUGCUAGACUGUUCUACAGACAAAAUCCACAAACAACUGCAGCUUCUGCCUAGUACCCAUUACAAAUCCCUGGACUGCUGACUGUUUAACAACAAUCUCAUCAUGCCUAUUUUCACCCUGUACACCAACGUAUGCCAGAGUGCUGUACCUCCAUCUCUGAUGUCUGACCUGUGCCUGUUGCUUGAAAAAGCCAUGGAUGUGCCAGCCAAGCACUUUGUUAUAUCACUUCACACUGAUCAGCAGAUGACGUUUGGGAAUACAUCGGAUCCUUGUGCUGUGUGCUCAUUGCACAGCAUGGGAAAGCUUGGAGAUGUACAAAAUGAAAAUUACUCCAAGCUUCUGUGUGACAUUCUGAAUAAAAAGCUGCACAUAUCUCCUGAGAGGGUUUACAUCAAUUUUGUGCAAGUGCAGAGUGGCAAUGUUGGUUGGAAUAGUAUUACUAUGGCGAAAGUCGAAUUGUGAUAUGCCGGACAGAUGCCGUUCUUUCCUCCAAACCUUAUUGUUUAUUGCCAUGCUAAUGCCUUACUGUCCUGUUGAAUAAACUGCGCUGAUUUGCACAAAUA